CGUGACCCCGCGGAGGAUUGUGGGAAACUAAGUUCUUCGGCGGCGCCGGGGCGCCAUGUCUCCCAUGGAGAAACGGCGGGUCGCGCUUUUCUCUGUGGCGCUGUCGUCCCUCGUAUUCCUGGGCCUGACCGUUUACUUCAUUCCGACUUUUGCUUAUUUGCUCUUCAUUUUCGCCGCCUGUUGUUUCGCCUGCAGUUACAACCCCGCCGACGGCUCUGUACACGCUCGGGAAGGCCGUCAUCCUGGGCCUCGCUUGGCGAUCCCGGCCGUGUUGAGACGCUGGUUGCCGGCGAGGACCACGGCCCGGGCGCAGUCGGGGGGAAGACUCGGUUCUCGAGGCGGCGCUGCACGCUUCGUCAAGGGGCCUCUCGCAGAGAGCGCUCGGGUGAAUGGGGGAAGGCGCCCGGGUGACCCUGCCGACUUUUUCCGAGAAACGGAGGAACUUGGUGGCUCGCCGCUGAUCCCCCGGGACGCACUGCUCCUGCGGAGUAACACGGGCGAGCGCGACGGGUCCAGGGCCGCCUGGCGGUGGGGAGCCGCGGGGAGCAGAGAGCUCCGGGAGAGAGUGGCCCGAGCCAGCCGUGCGGCUCCUUCCACCCGGAGAACACUGUCCUUCAGGGAUUCUUGGGGUUCUGGUGGCAGAGUUGUCAUCGCUCCCCAACAAAACUACCUUCUCCAGCCAACAUGCUCGUCCCCCCUUGGUGCGCUGCUGGCCCCAGCUCCGUGGUCGGCGCGCCAGAAGAACAUGCUUGCUCCCUGCGUCUCGGCCGUGGCCCACAGUCCUGUCACGGUGAAGAUUGCCCGGCCGGAUCAUUCUAGCACUCGAUCACCUCUCGUUAGACAGUUCAGCUCUCCACGCACCCUGCUCUCCCCAACACUGGGACUGACCCCAGAUCCCUGCUCCAGGGAAGCUGUCCUCCGCGUACUCGGAGAAAGCCGCAAGAGUGGGCGCCGUGAGCCAGAGGAUGAUAGUUCGGCCACCCCCAGAAAGAGUAAAAGAAGGCGCCAUGACAGCGGUGGCAGUGCAAACUCUGCCUUCGAGCCCCUCAUGGCCAAUGGCUUGCCAUCCCAGCUGGUGCCCAGGCCUGGUAGGAUGAAGAGAGGGAUUAACACAUCAGUGGUUGAGGACUCCCCGGUAAAGAGGUCACGCGCUUCGUCGGUUGGUUCUACGGGUCUGGCACGUACCACCGGCGGGGGUGAUAGUUCAACCCGGAACCCCAUUCACAGCUCCUAUAGUUCUUCUCAGGGACCUGUGCAGACAAAGAGCUCCAGCUUGUGUGUCUCCCCCCUGUCAAGUCCCGAAUCAUCUCGCUCACAGACCCCAGAUAGACCCCCCAAGAAGGCCAGGGAAAAGGAGGUGUGUUCCCCCAACUCCCAGUCACCCUUGAACUCAGACAGGAUGUUAUCAAGCCAGGUCAGCAGUGCAGAUGGGAACACUCAAACUUCCAAGACGCAAGUGUUAUCCUCUCCAGUUUGCAGCUCCAGAGAGAGUGAGGUGACACGCAAGCGCAAAAUCCAGCUGGUGUCCAGCCAAAGGGGGGAGCACAUAUCCUUGCCACCACCACCUCAGCUGGGCUAUACCAUAACCUCGACGGACCUGGACUUGGAGAAGAAAGCAGCUCUGAAUCAGAUUAAGAGUGCCCUGGAGGAGCCUGAUGCUGCUAAGCAGACACCUACGCCUGGUCUUGUCGCGCCCACCACCACCGCAGACUCUGUGUCCAGUGCGGCUCCCCCAGUCUCUGGGACACUGUUGCUAGGGUCCAUCAGCAUUGUCACGCCCACACCUUCCUUAACCCCAUCCAUUCCUCCUGCACUACCUGCCACAUCCAGCUGUGACCCUGCCAGUACACACAGCUCCGGGACCUUUCCCCCAGCCUCUUCAAGCAGUACAGCCUGUACAGCACAGGGCCUGACCAACCCACAGAUGGACAGCCCCAGUCCUGCUCCUGGUGUCUCUGCCCCCCUUGCAGGCGAAGUCCUUUCUGCUACGUCGUAUAGCGGUCCUGAAUCAGUUCCAGUGUCCUUCACUCCGACCGUUGUUGAGGGAGGUGUUUCUGGAGCCCUGGCAGCGUCUGCAUCGUGGACAGCCUCCGCGAGCCUGUCAACCCCAGCACUGGGUUCCAAGUCUGCAAGUCAGCACAGUCCUCCCAUGGCUGCCCUCAUGUCACCCCCACGCAUGACAUUUCCUACCACUUCCAGUCAAGUGUUUCCCAAGCUUGGGGUGGCUGUCACAUCUGGCCUGGUGUGCUCAGUGGAAGCUCCUGCUCCACAAUUUACUUCUACUGUGUCCAAAACUGCUUCCGCUGCCGAGACGACAAGCAGCAUGUCCGUGGCACCUCUGUUCAAGCCCAUCUUCGGGGUGGUAUCAGCAACUCCUUCUGCGACUGGGAGUAGUCAGGAAGCGGCCACCCUCAAGCCCAUUUUUGGCGUUGCCACAGCAAGCAAUGGUUUUGGACAGCCUCCGGCAGUCAGUGCAGUACCCCCUGUGGCCCCUUCAGGCAGUGGUUCUGUGCUUGGUGUGCUCACCACCACUACUACCACGAUACCUGCUAAUACUCUGGAUGCAAGCAGGGGCCAAUUGGCUAGCACAUCAACCAGCUCGGGGCUCUCUUUCCAGUUUGGUGCUAAAGUCGUUGCCAGCAGUGCUCCCACCAUCAGCUCAACAGUUGUUUCCACUUACACCCCUGCUCAGUUUCAGUUUGGUGCCUCACCAAUUACCGCAGCCCCUCCGAUGUCCUCUGGUACUACUGCCCAACAAUCUCUUCGGGCACCUCUCCAGUCAGCCUUCAUCUUUGGCCAGACAACCUCUGGGGGGAGCUUCAGUGGGUUUGGUGCGGCCGUGUCUACCCCCAGCAGCACCACAGCCACACCGGCCCCCGUGAGCCAACCUACAUUCUCGUUUGGGAAACCCUCUGUCAAUGGACCGGUGGCUUUUCCCUCCAUGCUGCAGACUCCUACAAUCAAGCCAUUAACCUUUGGCAUGAUCAAUGGGGGUGGCGAUGGAUGUGGAACCCCUAUCAACAGCACCAUAGCAGAUUCUCCCAUUGAGGAUGCUCCCAGCCUACCAGUCUUUCCCAGUGGAUCCUCCUCUGCUACAGCAGCAUCCUGUCAAAGCUCUGCCACCCUCCCUGUUCCAGGCCCCACUCUCACCUUUGGGGGGUCAUCUGCGAUGCAGUCUGGCAUCCCUGCCCCCGGCCAAAGCAACGCCCUCCAGCCUGCCACCGGCAGUUUCAACUUCCAGGCAUCUGUUAUGGGCAACCCGUUCAGCAUGUCAAACCUGUCCAGUACCCCUACACAGAUGUCGGACUUUUCGUUUGGAGGUGGCGGUACCAUGGAUGGUAAACAAGCCUUCGGGACCUCGACUCCUAUGUUUGGGCAGAGCCCUGGGGGGUUGAUUCCCUCUGGAACCCCUAACUUUGGUGGCGUGACCCCGUCACCAUUUGGAACCCCUUCGUUCUCCAUUGGUACGGGCUCCAGGCCCACCGGGGCCCGACAGAGGCUGCAGGCACGUCGGCAACACAUCAGGAAGAAGUAGUUGUCACUGGAACCCCCUCAAACUCCCAAAAGCAACGAGGAGGAACCUUCAGUCACUGGAAAGGAGCCGUUGCAGGAGAUGUAGUUCCUGCAGGAGGGUGUCGGACCAGGACGCCGCGGAGCACCUGUCUGCAGUUUGAGCUUGUGAACCGCAAGCCCACUCUCACAUCCUCCCUGCUCCACCAUCCCAUCACCAAUGUGAAGCCACAGCUGCGUGACACAGAGAGAGAAGUGGAUUUGUGCCACUUCACACAGUGUGACUUGAACAAACUGCCUCAGCCCUGAACUCUAUUUAUCUAAACUCUUAUUCUGUAUCCUUCUGUCCUGCCAUUUUCCAUAGUGCCGGCAAUUCUGGUACAGUCUUUACUGAGCUUUUUUAGGUAUACUGGUCUUACAGUGGGCUUCCUCUCCUUACCUGUCCACACACAAAUAGAGGUUGCAGAAAGAAAGGAGUAGAAGCAGCUACCUGGUCGUUGUACUCUCUGAGAGUAUUAAGAGAUGGUACAGUUGCGGUCAGAUCCCACACCCUAUACACAUCAGUGUGAGGAGGUCUUUUUGUGUUUCUGUAGACUUGUUAAUGCCAGCGUAUGUGAAGCCAGUGCCCUUUGACACAUCAAAAUAUGGUGAAGGAAUGUGUGCGUUAACUGUAAGACCGCAGUUCUCAGUACGGAAGGUGUAAAUUGGUUCUUCGAGUGGACCCAAGGGGUAUUUGUAACACUUUGGAGUUCUGCGUGGAAAGAGGGGUCUUAAGAGUGUCAAAUAGAGUAUGUACCUGGUGCACAUUUUGGAAAAAGUUCACUGUGAGGUAUAAAUUGCCUUCAGUUGUCUUACUUCAAUGCAACAGAUGGAGGUUAAUGCAUAAACCGGUUUGUGUAGUCAUUUGCUUUUUCUUUCUUUCUAACAGUAUAACUUUUACUGGACAGUAAGUGCACGUUCAAAUGAGACAUUGGUGCUCUUUACAGGACGCGUAUGCACAGCAAAAGAUGCUUUAUUUUUCUUUCCACCUGUUUUGGCAAUAGGAAAAAAGCGUGAAGAGGAUGAAGUUUUAUUGUGGAUUAUGCAAAUAGAAAUGUUCAUUCCAGGACUUUGUCGAAGUCUAACUGAAUCCAGUUGUUUACUGGUCUCAUGAAUUCCUGUCUCCCUGAUCUAUUGCUGCUUUUUGCUUCGGUAAUCCUCCGUCUUGCUCCUCUAGACUACCUCUACAUUCUGCAGCUUUCCCUUGGCUCUGUGUGUGUGGCUGAAAGCCUUUACUCUCACCCCGCUGUCCUGAAAUGGACUCUGCAGUGGCAGGGUCAGCUGCUUCAUGAUGCCACCCCAAGGACAGUGCGUAUUGCACCGAACUGCACCAGUGCAUCUGACUACUUGAAUGGAUCUGGUAUGACUCCUCUAGAUGCAUUUGCCCUCCAUUUGUGUACUCUUCUUAGAUUGUUUUCUUAAUGAUUUAUUUGUGCAGCAACCCUCUCUGGGUUGAUAAUUUAACAGUUUGGAAAUGUAACGUUGUCUGUGUGCCUCAGAAAACCUGGUUUGAAGGAAAGAUGCAGUGAAUGGCGGCAUAUUGGUAGUGCCGGACAUGUGGCUUUAUCCACAGAGUGGGUAUGGAGUGAGAGAGGGGCGUGAGUCCAAGAGCAUUUUACAAUUUGUACGCAAUUUUUCUACUAUUUAAUCUUACAUUUUAAAAAUGUGUAUUUCAGUGUAUGAAUUCAAUUGGAUUCU